AUGUCGUUUCUGAUUGUUGCUAUUCAUUCUAGAAAGGCAUCUCGAUGCAAGAAGCUUCUUGAUAUCUAUCAAAUACUAGGCUCUCAAGCUGAAGACGCCAUUGAGCUGACGGGCAGACACCAUGGCAAUAACCUUCAGCAUUACUACGGCAAUAAAUUCCAUGUACAAAGGAGAGGUAGCCCAAUUGAGCAUUGGGUAGACACCUCAUCCUGGCCUUUCAACCCUUCUCUUGACAACGAUAUUCUGAUCCCGCCAUUCCCCAACGAAUCUGCCAGUACAGUCCCGCACUGCUUCUCGUCCAUUCAGAGUCUUUCUGGCGUCUCAGUUGCGUCAUCGGAGAGUCUGUGCUACCAGGGUCCCUUGGACUAUCGCGGUAUUUGCAUAUAUCGCACUGAGCCACCCGAACCCCUGAUGCAGAAGGCUAAACAGAUCAUUACUGAAGAACGCGAUCCAUCCACUUCUUCUUCCCUGUUGCAUGGUGAGGCCGCUCUGCAGGAACUUAGCAAACUCCCGCGCCGCCUCUGGAACGCUACAGAAGAGGAAGUGUUUGAGGAACUAGGAAAUCGCCUGACUCCCGGCCGUGACCAUGACCAUGACCAUUAUCAUUAUGACGAUACCGAUGAUCACCGUCUCCAUCCCACAUUAACUUGUUCAAUCAAACGACAAUGGACCGAGUCCGUUUCUGUCCCCCUUCUUCCCGAUUUCCACACGGCACCCUUCCUCCCAGACCCAAAGCCAGAUAAAGCCUAUGGCUUCUCGCAUGAUGCAUUCACGCACGCCCAACAUGCCAUAAUCCCCACACUUACCGAAUCCGCAGCUGCAUGCGCAUCUCCGUCUGCAUCUUGCAGCGAGGCCGAAACAGAGAUCCUUUCCAGCCCUAGUCCCAAUUUCUCCAGGGGCUACGCGAGUCCGGAUGCCCAUCUCUUCUUCCCCUUCUUCACUGCCGAAUUUGCCUCCAUGGCCACUGGCGGCACUCACCACACAGCAACAGAAGAAGCCAGCAGUGCUGCCGCCAUAUCUCUAAACAGCCUCCUCGAGCUGCAUCGCCGCACCGUCGGUACUCACCAGUUUGACGAAACGCAGCCCUGGUUCUUCUCACUAACUAUGGACCAGCAGAUUGCGCGGUUGAAUGUUCAUUGGAUUACGGUUAGUGGCAGGUCACGGGCAAGGAAGGCACAGCAAUCCCAAUCCCAAUUCCAUUCUCAUUCGCAAUCGCAAUCGCAAUCACAAUUACAAAUACAACUGAGACAGCAACAGCAUACCACUGCAGCGACAGCUACAUCUACAAGCACUUCCCGCCUAUUCAACACGGAGUUACUAUCCAUCUAUCUCCUCAGCGACACCAAUUCCCUGCGCGACCUCCAGAGAGCGACAUGCAAUAUCCUGCGCUAUGGCAGGGACGUUCUACUUCCCAAAGUGCGUCUGUUGCUUGAUCUUUGCCAGCAUCUGCCGGGUGAGAGACGCAGUGUGUCAUCAUCGAAUCAGACAGAGCGUGGACUGAGCCGGGAUGGUGAGGUGGGUUCUUGUCGUCCUAGCGUUGUCGACGGUUCCGCUGUUGAAGAAAAUGGUGAAGGCCCGGAGGGCCAACGGCAGUUGCAGGAGCAGGAGUACGACCAGGACCAGCAAGAUACAUGGGAAGGGGAGGCGCCAGAUGUGUUUCUGUGA